CCCCCUCUUAUCACCUUAGGCUGCUGCUGCUCCUCCUCUUCGGCGAACCACUAUAGCCCCGCCCACAGCGUUGCGCCUGUGCAGAACGACGCUCUUUAGGCUUCGUCCGUCGGCCCAGUUCCUCCCGCCUGAUUCUGACGUCACCCCUGGCUGUUCUAAACCGUCUUGCUAAGAACUACAACUCCCAGAAUGCAACGGCAGUAAUAGUGCCCUUUUAUUUGGAAAAGUAGGCGUUGGCCCUUGGAAGUAUUAUUGAAGGACCCCAAUAUAUUUGUUAAUAACUUGAUCAAUUGACUCUGGUUACUUAUGCAGGAUGAAACCCAGCUGCCUUGGGAAAUAAAAACCACAAUGGAUCCUAGCAGCGAUUACCACUUGCUCAAUGACAUUCUAGGAAAAACUGUGACAAUAACACUGAAAUGUGGCAAAUUCCAGGGGGUGCUGCAGCAUGUGGAUUCCAGCCGAAGUAUCCUCCUGAACAAAGGCAUGAAUAAGGAAACGUUGAGUCAAUGGGAAUUGGAAGUCAAGAACUUGGAAAAUGGCAGACAUGUACCAGGAGUCAAGAUGUUUUUUGGCCCUGAAAUUGUUAAUGUGGAAUUGCUUGAGGAGCCAAAGCAACAUGCUACAGAAGGAACAGAACCGCCUGCAAGGAAAGUUCCAAUUACCAAUAUAUCUGCAAUGGAUAGAGAAGAACCACUGAUGCAGAUCAUUCAGAGUCCUAAUUCUGUUUCCCAAGACAGGAAGCAGCUCAGCUUGGAAAACAUCAAGUAUACCUUUUCAGAUAGAGACAAAGAAGAAGACAUACAGUAUGUUGUCAUUGAUCAAUUCCAGAAAAAAUUUGGUUCAGCAAUGUUGCAUAUCAAAAAGCAAAAUGUUUGUAGUAUAGCAGCAGAAGGUGUCAGCCUGUGUCGUCAUGGAAAGCUCUCUUGGCUGCAGGUAGCAACAAGGAGCCAGGUUUUCUUAUUUGAUGUUUUCCUUCUGGGAGCUCGAGUGUUCAAGAAUGGCCUCCAAAUGGUACUGGAAGACCAGAGCAUCUUGAAAGUUAUCCAUGACUGCCGGUGGCUUUCUGAUUGUCUCUCUCACCAGUAUGGAAUUAUGCUCUCCAAUGUAUUUGAUACACAGGUUGCAGAUGUUUUGCACUUCUCAAUGGAAACGGGUGGCUUCCUUCCACACCGCAUCAGGACUUUACAAGAGUGCUUAAUACAGCACCUCAGGAUGCCUUAUAAAAGUGUUUAUUUUUUGGAACGAAGGCAGCAUGCAGUUGAGAAAGACCCUGAGAUAUGGUUUGUGAGACCUCUUCCACCUGCAUUGCUGAAUGUGUUAGCUCUGGAGACGGCAUAUCUCCUUCCUCUCCGCUUGCUGCUACUGGAUGAAAUUAUGUCUGAUUUAACAACUUUGGUGGAUAGAUACCUAAAUGCAUUUCGAGAAGGUUCUGCAGACCCUCUGGGGAGCACAGAGAUCUCUUGCAUGGAUCUACCUGAAGAGUUACGGCAGCUGGCUGAUUUUUAUAAGGUGCGAAGAGAGAGGGCAAUGCAGAAGUUUCAGCUGAAUGAGGAAGGUCUCCUCAUCAGAACACUAGUGGAGCCGGUGGGAAGACAGGCAACAAGGAAAGAAGGAAACCAAAGUGAUGGCAUUGGCUUUAUUUCUUCCUGUAAGGCACCAUUCCCUCAAGCAGCCAGUGCCAGUUCUGUUCAUCUCUGGGAUCCAGUUUGUCAGGACAACUUGGUUGGGAAAGAAGACUGGGAGGCGAAUAACUGCAAUAAUCAGUGGGCUGCCGUUAGUGGUAGUAAUGAAGAAUCUGAAAUAGAGAAAAGAGGUUCAGUCUGUUGCAAAUUACUGUUCAAAGAGACUGCGGCAAGGGAAAAGGAACUGUCUCCAAAGUUCAAACAACAAAGAAAGGUUGGUCUGACACUAGAAGAGGAAAUCAAACAAUUAUUGCUAGAAGACAAGGACGAAGACAUUCAAGCUGUUGCUGUUUCUGCCCCAUCACCUCCAAAAAUGAACAAUUCUCACCAGAUGUUUCAAGCUGCAAGAUUGCCCUCGCCUCCUCUAAAGCCAUCUUGCCAAACAUUAUCUAACAUUGCAUCGGGUCAGAAUCUGUGUUUCUUUAACAACUCAAGGCAACCUUCCCCAGGUUUCCAUAAGACCUAGGAGGGGUUUGCCAAUUAGCUUGACCAUGGCUUCAGAAUUCAGCUGCUGACUGUCAGCCCCAAGCUCUAGAGGCAAAUAGCAGGAAUUAUCAAUAUUUUUAUGUUGCCAAACUGGAAAAUGUGCUUUAUUUGAAACAAAAAUCUGGAGGGAUGGGUUUGAUUGUCCUUGAUUUUAUUAUUGUGUAGGAUCCACCUCUUAAUGUAUACACAGCAGAUACUACUGGCAUUAUUGUACCACUUCAGUCUCAGGUCUGCUGUGUUCAGAUUGUUUUGGCAGUAUUCCAAAUUGUUUAGGAGAAAAGAAAACAAAAUCUUUUUUUGCAUUCAUUAUUUUUAUAAGCUUAUAGAGCAUUCCCCACUUGUUCAAAGCAUUUGCAGUGUUGGGGCAUAACUAAAUAUCAAGCCAGGAUACUUAGCUUUCCCCCCCUUCUCCCCAUACAGUAUUUUCAGUAAUGUAUAUUGCAGUAUUUGGAACAGAAAUGUCUGUUUUCCAUUCUGAAAUGUGAAGUUGCCCUUAGAGCAAUAUAUUGUUUAUUGCACAAAAUAUCCAUAGAUUAUUUGUACAACAUGACCUUAUACAAAGUAAGGGGCAAGCUGCUUUUUCUAGUGAAACAGCUACAGCCUGACCCUAACCAUGUUUACUCCAAAGAAAAUUCCAUUGAUUUUAAUUGGACACAUAUCCAGGUAUGUAGGUUUAGGACUGCAGCCUUAAUUAGUAUGUAGAAUAUAAGGUUUUGUCUUUUAAGACACAUUCACAAUAGCCACCCUAAUGGGGAUGUAGUACUGAGCGACUGUGUUCCAGGUUUCAAAGUAGUGGGCAGGUAUUUAAAUUGAAAUGGGAAAACACCUUCAGUCAAACAGUGCAAUACUAAAUGAAUUCCAUGAAGGCUGUGAUCCUAAGUAUACUUCUUUAGAAAAUGUUUUCACUGAAAUAUAUGGGACUUAUUCAUUUCAGUGUAGGUUUCAGAGUCAAAGGGCAAAACUUCUUUUUCUAAGUUCAGCAAUUAUGCAUUUCUUAAAUUUCAGGUAUGUACAUUUCAGUGAUUGGCAUAGUGCUAUCUUUUUGUUUAAGUAAGACUGCCCUGCCUCCCCACAAAGGUUCUCUUCACAAAGUAGUCACAAUGUUGUGUUUAAAGUAUAGUCUUGAUUACCAUCAUAUCUUAUGUAGAAAAAUAAAAAGAUUUCUCUUGACUAUCUUGAAAUACAA